AUGCUUAUGAGAAUACUUUGUGGCUUUAUGAUAUACAAAAAUCAAACAAAAAAAUUAAUUACCACAAAUCUUCGUCAAUCAAUUAAACCGCAAUGGUCACCGAAUGGUGACUACAUUGCAUUAAUACCAAAAAAUCAUACUUCGGUACAAUCAGAACAAUAUAUUUAUUUAUAUUCUCUUAUAUCAGAUGAACUAUUUCCUAUUCAAAUUGAUAAAGAUAUUCUGUUAGCUUUUACGUGGUCUAACAAUGAUUCAUCUGUUUACAUAGCUGUUAAUGAUUUGUGGUCAAUAGAUAAAGAAAAUGAAUUAUAUAAAGAUGAAUGGAAAGAUGUUAUUCAAUAUCGACAACAUGUAGUGUGUAGUAAUAGUACAAUCUAUCGUAUUGAUCUCAAUUUAAACAAUCUUUCAUUACCUGUAGAAAGAAAUAUUGUUCGUAAUGUAUCCUUUCUUAUUAAUCAGUUAUUAUAUGUUUCCUAUGAAGAGCAACUCAUCGUCUCAUCCGUGUCGAAACUUAUCGAAAAUCUAAAUGAGUUUGAACUAUUUUCGAUUGAUCUUCGAAAUACAUCAAAAUUAUCAAAAUUGACAAAUAAUGAAGAAAUCGAAAUAGGAUUACAGUUAUCGAUUGAUGGUCAUCAUCUCCUGUUUCUUACAUUCAGUCUUAGUUCAAAUAAAGAAAAAUUUAAUAAUACACAAUAUAGUCUUUAUUCAUUAAANAACUUAUCGAAAAUCUAA